AUGCUGUGGCAGGAAGUUUGCCUCUUUGCUCAGAAACUGAAGCGCAGGAAGCCCCUGGAGCCACGCACGGGCCCCGAGGGCCGCAUGACCCCGUGUCUGACCCUGGACGUGGUGGUUCUGGGUGUGAGCGGCACCCUGGGCGUGGGUGUGUACGUCCUGGUCGGGGACGUGGCCAAGGACAAAGCCGGCCCAGCCACCGUCCUCUGCUUCUUGGCGGCCGCCCUGCCGACGGUGCUGUCUGGACUCUGCUAUGCCGAGUUCGGGGCCCGGGUCCCAGGCCCCGGUUCUGCGUACCUCUACAGCUACGUCACAGUGGGGCAGCUGCUGGCCUUCGUCACGGGCUGGACUCUCAUCCUCUCCUAUGUCAUCGGUGCUGCCAUUGCGGCUAGGGCCUGGAGCUCCGCCGUGGACGGACUGACGGGGAACCUCAUCAGCCAGGCCCUGCAGGGCUGCCUCUCUCUGCACGUGCCCCACAUCCUGGCCAAGCAUCCAGACUUCCUGGCGCUGGGGCUGGUGCUGGUCUUCACUGGACUCCUGGCCUGGGGGGUUAGUGACACAGCCCUGGUUGCCAAGCUGCUCACGGGGGUGAACCUUCUGGCUCUGAGCUGCAUCCUGGUCUGCGGCUUCAUCAAGGGAGACCCGCACAACUGGCGGCUGGCGCAGCCAGACCACGUGGCCACCGCCGGGCCCAACGGCAGCACUAGCUCGGCGGGCGCUCUGGGCGCGGGCGGGUUCGUGCCUUUCGGCUUGGACGGGGUUCUCCGCGGAGCAGCGCCCUGUUUCUACGCAUUGGCUGGUUUCGAUCGCGUCACCCCACUGUCCUGCAGCCUCCUGGGUGCCCUGUUCCCCACGCCGCGCGUCGUCCACGCCAUGGCGGAGGACGGGCUCCUUCUCCGGAGACUCGCCCGCAUCCACGCCCGCACUCGCACUCCCGUGAUGGCCACCGUGGUUUCCGGAGUCACGGCAGGGGGGGGGGAGCACGCCGCGGGGGCUUCCAUGGCCUUCCUGCUGGAGCUCGGCGACCUGGUGGACCUCACCACACUGGGGACCAUGCUGGCCUACUCCGUGGUGGCCGUCUCUGUUCUCGUCCUCAGGUACCAGCCAGACCAGACUGUAAGCAAGAAUGAGGACAUGGAGGUGGAAAAAAUCGAGAUGAAUCCUGUACCUGAAGCAGCAUCCUUGGAAUCCAUUCCCGAAUCGAGGCUCUCAAAGACCCUCAAGAGUCUGUGUGGGCCUGUCACUGCCGCCCCCACGCGGAAAUCCGGCCGUGUAGUCUGCGCGUGCGCCUCACUGCUUGUCAUCCUGCUCAGGAUUCUGUGCCUCCUGCUGGCCCAUUGGCCUGGACAGCUGCUCUCUGGAGACCCGGCUGUUACCACGAUAGGUGGCCUGCUGCUGGCGGGCAUCAUCGGGGCCACCUUCAUCAUCUGGAGGCAGCCCCAGAAUGCCACUCCUCUUCACUUCAAGGUCCCCGCUUUGCCUGUCCUGCCCCUGCUCAGCAUCCUCCUGAAUGUCUACCUGAUGAUGCAGAUGGCCACUGGGGCCUGGGCCCGAUUUGGAGUCUGGAUGGGGAUUGGCCUUAUUAUAUAUUUUGGAUAUGGAAUCCGGAACAGCUUGGAGAAGACCGAGCAGCAGCAGCCAGCCUCAAGUUCCCAAACUCCAUGAAAACACCCUGGUGCUGACUAGUUAGAGAAACAGAUGCCCUGCCCCGCGGGAGGCGUCUUCUUAAUCAAGGGAGAAGUUUGAACCCUAUGAAGUCUGUACACUUCCGUU